AAAAAAAGGAGGAAGGUCUCAACUCGUCAAAAUCUUUUUUAACUGUCAAAAAUGAUGUUCCCAAUAUAUUUCGUAGUCGGUCUAAUCAACCUACUAGCUCAACAAAAGAACUAUGGCAUUCAAAAUCAGGACCCGAACUUCGAUAUCCGGGUAAGGAGAAGUAUACCCGGAACUACACAAGAAUUAUUCAACCAACAUACUAUACAAAAUAUUGGAAUAACCAGAGAAAAAAGGUAUGCUUACUACAAGAAAACAAAGAUUAACAAUAAGUAUUAUAAUGGCAAUAAUAAUUUAAUUAACACGGGAAACUAUGAAAAUCAAGGAUAUAAUGAACCUAGAAAUAACUAUAAUGAACCUAGGAACAAUUAUAACGAACCUAGGACUAAUUAUAAUGAACCUAGGAAUACGUAUAACGGAUCUAGUAAUCUCAGAUACAAUAUAUUCAAUCCAAAUUAUAAUAUACCGUUCAACAACACUAGACGUAACAACACCAAAAAUAUACCAGUAAACAACAGAAAUAUACGACCGUAUAUCCGUUCUUAUCCAUACGGAUAUCCGCCGGGUUACGGACCGAACACAACACCCGGAUAUAAUCAGAAUCAUGCAAACACGCCACAGUUCUACAACUAUCAAAAUCCUAACGGAAAUAACUUCGCCGGGUUCUACGGAUAUAGUUCUACUACACCCGGUUAUAACAGAAUUGUAGCUGGAUAUAACGUGCCUUUACCGUAUACUCCUAACAACACGCCUAGGUCUUAUAAUCGUCCCUGGGAAACUCAAUUAGCACCAUUUCCGACCACAUCAACACCUAGUGUUGUUAUCAACAACAAUAACAACAGAUUUCAACCUACCUACAACAAUUUCAACAACAUACCAACACCGUACGGACCAAACAACAACUCAGUUAACUAUAUACCAUUUAGGGCUGAUUUUUCAAGAGCCAGAUAAAACGUCAAGUAGCUAACUGAUCAAUAACUUUAUCUGAUUCUUUAACGAACCAAUAAAGAGUUUCAAUUUUUCAAAGCAUAGUUACCAGUCAGUUUACUACCUGACCUUUUUUUGUGACUAGCUUCACACUACAUCUGUGUGAGCGAGACGCGCUUAUGAACAUUUACAGAUCUAAGAAAGAGACAAACAAUUUUCAACUUAAUGACAGCGGUUGUCACAUUUUAGAGGGAAUCAUAACAUAACCUUAAACUUUGACGACUCGUCUUCGUGUUAAUAUUUAUUUUCCGUUCGAAUUUAUUGUUUGCUUUUUGUGUGUUGUGUGUAAUCAUGGAAAAUAUCGUAAAACGUGAACGUUCCACGAAUUUUAACAAAAGCGAAAUAAGAUUAUUGACUGAAUUGGUGGCAAAACACCGUACUAUAAUUGAAAAUAAGCAGACAGACGCCGUAACCAAUAAAGAAAAGGAAGCAGCGUGGAUAAAAAUCAGUUCAUUAUUUAAUGCGGCUACGGGAUUUACAGCGAGGAGUACCAAGAGCCUGAAGCUUAAAUAUGAAGGCAUAAAAAAGGAAACCAAAAAAACAUUGGCCAAACAUCGGCAAGAGCUGUACAAAACUGGUGGCGGGCCCUCUUCAGCCCCAGAGGUUACAGAUAUACAGGAGAGGGUUAUCGCGAUAUGUUCGAAUAUCAAUGGGCUGGAUGCUCGAAAUGACAGCGACAAAAUUCCAGAACCUUUAGAACUGGAAGAGACUGCUAAAGUUGACCCGCUAUCGUUGCCACUGCAAUCAUUAGAAAAUAAUUUAGUAAUUGUACCAUGUGAUGACGAUAUUCCGUGUACUUUAGAUCAAGAAGAGUUUUGCCCGCAACAGGAUUUAAAGGAGAAAGUUAACAGUGAAAUUGGAAAUGACAAGGCCUUUGAUGACUUUCAAUCUAUAGAGAUACAGGAUAUGGAAGUGGAUCAAACUGAAAAAGAGAAUAAGUGGUCUUCAUGGAAGCCAAAGGCUUUAAAACUAAGAUUAGUCCAUACUUGA